GCAGUCCGGGGAGCAGUCCGGGGAGCAGUCCGGGGAGCAGUCCGGGGAGCAGUCCGGGGAGCAGUCCGGGGAGCAGUCCGGGGAGCAGUCCGGGGAGCAGUCCGGGGAGCAGUCCGGGGAGCGGAGCGCCGACGCCGCGGCGGAGCAGCAGCGUGUUGCGGGUCUAGUUUCGGCUCUAGUCAGAGGAGAACUUGUGCUCGUGUUUCUUUCUUCCGUUGAGGAGACCAGCCGCAGCGCUACAAGCAAUGCAGUCCCAGGGCAGCACUUCCUCCCAGCCCUCCUUGGACUCGCUGAGCUCCAACGACAGCUUUUUGUUCAGCGACUCCGAGCCGGCCGAGGACGACGCCGACGUCUUCCUGACGGACGGCUCCCCCUCCGUCGUCAUGGACAGGAGGGGCGCGGCCGCCGCCGACAUGGGAGGGCGCUCGGAGAGCCCCGGGUCCCAGUGGGCUUGCGACGGCUUCACCGACAAGGAGGAAGAGGAGGAGUCGGACAGGUCGGAGAGCAGCGGCGGGGCCCGCCGCGGGGCGGAGGAGAGGGCCGACGCCGCCGGCCAGAGCGCCAAGUCCCAGGGAGACCUGCUGUUCGCUCAGAAGUGUGCUGAGCUGCAGGGUUUCGUCAGGCCCCUGCUGGAGCUGCUGAACGGACUGAAGAAGGGACGGUUCGACCGCGGCCUGAGCAGUUUCCAGCAGAGCGUCGCCAUGGACAGAAUCCAGAGGAUCGUGGGGGUUUUGCAGAGACCCAACUGCGGGGAGAAGUACCUGAAUACCCUGCUGCAGGUGGAGAUGAUGUUGAAGCUGUGGUUUCCGCAGAUAUCUACCCACCCCGCCCCGAUGGCCGCCACCACCGCUACACCUUCCAACCUCUCCCCCCAAGACAUACCCUGCUCCACCCCGCCACACAAGCACCGGGAUCAGUCGCACAUCCCUGUCAAGAAGCGCAGGCUGAGCUGGACCGAUACCGACUCUCCCACGCCCUCCCCCGUGCUCCUUAAGCAGCCUCGCACCGAUGGAGAGGAGAAGGGGAAACAAAAUGACCACGAGAGGGGUGGCCCGCCUCCGGCGCUGCUGUCGGACGCCCUCCGAAGCCCGCAGGAUGCAGCUCGCGACAGCCCGCCGGAGGACGAGAGGAAGAAGGAAAGAGGGGAGUCGUCGUACUACAAGACAAGCCAUUGCUCUGAGGCCAGCCUGACUUGGGUCCACGUCGCCCCCAUCUUGUCGCCGCCAAAGGCUUGCGCUCCUCACAAGGGCACCGCAGCACCGGGUAACGGGGAAAACCAGCCCGUCGCUGCCAUCCCCCCUCCCGCCAGCAGGGGCGGUCCCGCUACACAGGACAGCGCCAUCUCCUCCACCACACCCCAGAAGCACCCCAAAAAUCAAAAGAAGCCAAUCCAGUGCCAAAGCCAGCCUGUUGCCGGGCUGCAGACUGAGACCAAGACCAUAGAGACCUGCCAGGGGCAAAGCCCCCCGGUCAAAGUCAGGCUUUUGUCGAGGGUUUGCCCGGCCCCCUUAGAGACCUGAUGCGCUGAACAUGCAUAGAGCCCGGCAGUCAAGCUUUGCUACAACCACCAUGCCGAAGCUGCCGUAAGAGGAAGCGGGUGAGAGGGCCGGAGGGCUGUGGUUGCGUUGGGGAGAGUAGGGAGGAAGGAUAUUAGUUGCGUUGAAGUUGGGAGGUGACGCUUUUGAAAUGACAGGUCAGUGAGAAAACCUUCCCUCAAGACUGGACCACAAUCACUAACAGUUGUUUUCAAACAGCGGCAGGACAACGUGUGUCCUCGUGAAUCAAACAAUUGAUAAUCACAAUUCCAUAACGUAAAGUAUUUGCACAAAACGUGGUUCCUGUUGAGGAGAUUGAUAACGAAUAUCUCGAGCUUCGAAGGGUGAUUAUGGAUUACUCAGUUAUGACCAAGUCUAUAUAUGACCUGUUUAAAUAGUGAUCUACAUAGAAUAUAUGGGAUAAAGGAAGUCUGCGCGGAUUUAAAAUGAGCUUUUGGAGCA